AUCGCUCUGCCUGUCUCUUGUCUAAGCUAGAGCCGGUCAGCAUGCUUAUAGUAGGAGGCGGUGCAAUAUGGGCCGAGCAAUUAAUGAGCGGGGGACGAUGUUACUCGGCAAGGGAACUGUGAAGCCUGCCACUGGUCAGUGUGGAGUCUUUAUAUUGAGGGAGACUGCGAAGAAGUGAUUUGGACCAUCCAGGCAAACCAGCAACAUGACUAUCGCAACGCAUUGUAUAUUCACCGGGGUAGGAUCUAGGGCACCGGGAAGCUUUAUGCAUUGGGUGUGUAUCCAUCUGUAGCUAACCAUACCGGUUUCUCUCUCUCCCGCAGUUGGAGUUCGGUGAGAAAUAGCGAUGCUAUCAUUAUAGGAAACUGAUAUCACGCAGACAUCCGGAAACGCAUCCACGCACCACGGUUUUCUAGCAUGAUGUCAAUAUGCUUUAACAAUACAAAGGAUUCAUUCAAGGACCUCGAUUGAGAUGCCGUAUAUGUGCGUUUGUCAUGGGUGCGUCGACGCGGUUAAUUUGCUCUGCUCCAUACGGUUUUGGACUGUGUUUAUGGAAUGAUCCAAUCUGGAAUGAUUAAAUAGCCUGCAUUGAUACAUAUUCCGACAAUAUGGCUGAUCAGAGUAACAUCCAGUCUGCUGCUUCCAAAAGCAUCCGGCCAUUCAAGUCCAGCGAGGAAUACCUGUAUGCCAUGAAAGAGGACUUGGCCGAGUGGUUUAACACGCUGUAUGAACUGGAUAUAACGGCGGACACCUUUAUGGAAGGGCUGGAGACUGGCUGUGCCCUCUGUCGGCAUGCCAACAACGUGAAUCGCGCAGCGCUGGACUUUCAACUGGAGUACCCAGAGGCUGCACAGUCAUUGAGGAUGCCAACCAAGGAUGUGGUCUUUCAGUCAAGAAACGUGGUUCCUGGCUCGUUUUUGGCUCGGGACAACGUGUCCAAUUUCAUCGGCUGGUGUCGUCAGGAACUGUGGAUCAAGGAUGUUCUCAUGUUCGAGACCAACGACAUAGUGGAGAAAUGCAACGAGAAGAACUUUGUGCUGUGCCUGCUGGAGGUGGCGAGGCGUGGCGCCAAGUUCGGCAUGCUGGCCCCGAUGCUGAUCCAGCUGGAGGAGGAGAUCGAGGAGGAGAUCCGGGACCAGGAGAACCUGGGGGAGCCCAGCCCAAGCCUGCUUCCAAUAAGCAGGGCUUUCGUUCGGAAAGAGAGUGUGGUGGAUGAACCCGAGCCUGCCCCCUAUGCACAUUGGCAACAGAAACAGAGGGUGCUGUGUGACAUGAGAAACUUAGAUGAGUUGGUGCGGGAGAUCCUGGGCCGCUGCUCCUGCCCUGCCCAGUUCCCCAUGACCAAGGUGUCUGAAGGGAAAUACAAAGUGGGAGACUCCAGCGCUCUGAUCUUCAUACGGGUCCUACGUACUCAUGUGAUGGUGCGUGUGGGUGGGGGAUGGGACACAUUAGAACACUAUCUGGACAAGCAUGACCCCUGCCGCUGUGCCGCCUUCGCUCACCGGUACCACCAGGCCAAAGCCAGCGGGCAGGGUGCCCACAGCAAGUCCUCCAGUGCCCACUCCUCCCGCUCCACCAGCCCAGGCCCACACUGGCGUAACGAGGGCAUUGCCCCAUAUAAGCCCCCUGACAGACGCACCCAGGGCCUGGAGCCUCCAUCAUGUACCCCCUCCUCCUCCACACGGCCUGGCCGCUCCCACCACCCCUCCCUCCCUACAGAGCUCGACUCAAACGCAGGACGCACCCCCCUGUUACCACGACCACCGCGGGAACGCUCAGAACCCCGCCACUUCAACCCUCUCAGGUCUAAGGACUCGUCAUUGUUGCCAGUGACCCGCCGUCUAUCAGGGGACAGCGACUCCUCUACAGCCUCCUCUAAGGGAGGAGGAGGAGGGGGAGGGGGAGGCCGCUUCUCUCUGGGGGGCGUUCGUCGCUCCGGAGAGGAGGUGGUGCUGCUGGUUAAUAGGAAGGAGGGGAAGCAUAUAAUUGAGAGGCCUGGAGAAGGCGGACAGGGCCCAUCCCUAUGCCCCCCAAUGCCCCGCACACGCAGCCACUCCCGGGAUCGCCUUGCCCCCACCUCCAUCCUCAAACCCAGCCCCCCACAGGGCCCCUCUGACGGGCUCAGGACCAGCCAUGGGGAGAGGGGCCGCUCUCUCGGGCCCGAAAGUCCCCGCAGGCUCCAGGCCCUGCGCUCCCACAGCCAGGGGAAGAUGCCCAGCCGGAGUCGGACCAGCGAUGCCAGCCCUGGACCCUCUCCCCGUCACGGGGCCUCGCAGCCCCCAUCCUCUGACAGACGAGAGGAGCUCAGGACCAAACAACUGCCCCCCGCCUCCCCCAGAAUCAAUGGGGGUUUCUCCAGGAGACAAUCGUCCUCCUGCUCUAAUUCACCAAUCAAAGGGCUUCAGAGCAGCAGCCUCAGUAAGAAGACUAUAGUAGCUCCCCGGCCCCCCGCUCCACGCUCCCCCUCGGUGGGGAGGAGUAGGCUGCUGCCCACAGUCACCCAGGCAGGCCGGCGCUCUCCUCACUCCUCCUCCCCCCGCUCUCCUCACCACCAUGGGCAUGGACCCCGCUCCCCUCGAACCUCCCACGGCCCUCGCUCCAAUGGGCAUGGCCACAGGGGGUGGGCCAGCUCUGAGCGACAGGAACCUGAGGAGGAGGGGCUAGGCUAUAACUUCCAGAUCCUGCCCAACCUGGACCCCCAGAAAGAGCAGGACCUGUACCGCAGCUUCGAGGCUGAGUUCCUAGCUAACACAGGGCAGCGCAGAGGGGGGCCUAGUAGACCCACAGGGGGAGGGGCCCUUCAGCUUCCUGCUUCUUCACACCCACAGCAGGGGGUUGGGCCCCAAACCCUGCCCACGCCUGCCUCUGCUGACCCUAACGUCACUGACUCGGCCUACUCCUCCUCCAACUCCUCCAACUCCUCACUCAACGUGGGGGGUAAGGUAGGAGUUCUGCCUGACCUCCGGGAGUCUAAAAGAACUAACCCACGUUCCUCUGGAGGCCUGGAGGAUACCCUGGCCCCAAUGCAUGGCCAUAGCCCUGGCGGACUAUCCAACGGUGGGCACGCAGAACCAGAGCGCUGGGGCGGGCGAGGUGGAGGUCUCAGGAAGCUCCCUGCCAUCUCCAGUUCCAUUGACAAAGGGGAGCUCCUGUCCUCUUUGCCCGGCCGGAGAGACUCGGAGCUGGGCAUAUCUCUCAGCCAUGCCCCCUCACAACUUCCUUUCCACCGCAGGAGCAUGAAUGGGGGGGGCCAUGUCAGUGGUGCUCUAGUAGAGGUGCUGAUGGAGAGCCAGCAGGGUCAGCUGGGCUGGGGCUCAGGGCCUGAGGGAGACGUCCCUCUGGAGGAUCACCAACCAAGCUUCCCCUACGACCUGGAGGGUGGAGACCCCAACGAUGACCUCCCUCCCCCAGAGUCUUGUCCCUCGCCCAUCCCCCUGCCGCCCUCGGAGGACUGCUCCUUCCAGGAAGACUCCUCCAGUGAGAGCUCCUCCAUGUGCUUCAGCCUGAGUGAAUCACGCUCAGAGUACUCUCCCCCACCUCCUCCCCUGGCCAAUGGGGAUGCAGUUGAUGGGGGUGUAGUCUUCCGGCCCAAGAGGGCAGGGAAAAAGGCUGACAGGGUGCCCUCCAUCUACAAGCUCAAGCUGAGGCCCAGGAUCAGACCCCGUACAGACAACCGGCCAGGGAACAGCCCGUCACGUAUCCCCACCCCAGUCAGCUACAGAGACCUACAGGCCAGGGGCAACCAUACUCCGCUCCAGACCCCUACCCCGCCACAGUCCCCUCAAAGCUCCCAUUCCAACGACCAUUCACCCUCACGAAAGGCCAUGCACCAGGCCUUUGCCGACCUGAUCCACCCCCAGUCACGCUCCCCUGCCAUGGGCAACAGGGACCGCUCCUACUCUGUGGAGUCAGAGAGCGGCUUGGACACUGAGGCCUGGAUGUAACACACAACUAACUAAUCCUGAUGAUGCUGAUAUAGAAGAGUCUGUUGUCAAAUGAAACUGACUACUGUCUAAAAUAGACUGGAGACUGGGCUACAGACUAUUUUUUAUAGAGCAUGUCGCACACUCCCUCAUUUUGUCAUGCAGUCAUGCCCUUUCCUACCUAUAACGGUCAGGGUUUCAGUAUCCAAUUAUAUUCUUUGCACUCUAAGCCUAAUUAUUUAUUACCAAAGGAUCGAUCCCGAAUCGAAUACUAUUGUUUAUGUUGAAUGAAUUUAUUGGCAUUAUAUGGGGAUGCUUUGUUCAAUCAUAAAGUGUCUAAUACAAAGCAGGCACUGUCUUGAAAGCCCCAUGCUGUACGCAUCGCUGAAGAAGUGUCAGGGCUGAUGGGGAGGAAAGAACCCCAGGCAGGAGCAGUGAAUCACAAGCAUCAUCAUCAAGUCAACUGGACUGGCUCCCUCUAGUGGACAGUGUAUACCACAGCAUCUCUGUCUGCUUUGAUUGUCAAAAUACUGGUGUGGAGAGCGUGCUGUACAAAUACUUUCUCUCAUUCUCCAUACUGCCACUCAGCCUCUGCUCAUUACCUUCUGUGGAUCUUUACACAUCUAAUCUGUAUUGGACUUAUAUAUCAAUACAUUACUCUACAAUAAUUUACUGUACAAUGUUCACAUCUAACAGUCCUUUGGACUUCGUAUUCCAUAUGUGCACUUCUACUCACCUUCCCCCACCAACCCUCUGCAUCCUGACUUGUUCAUUGUCAUACAUGUAUGAUGUCACUUUCUCACUGCCAAUCCACAUGGCCAUGAUUGAGUGAUGUCUUCUGAUUCGUUUUUGAGCUUUUAUUGUGGAAAUAUACAAAGUAGUAUUUUUCACAUUAUGUUCUAUGUGUUAACUGCAGUCUGGGGCAAGAGUAAGAUAAUAUGUCAUUGUCACUGAAACAUACUUCCAAUGAUCAAGAGUUAUCUCAACUUGAAAAUCAACACUAAAAUAUGUGUACAAAAGAGUAAGUUAAGUGGAUGAAUGUGUUUAUAUAUGUACAUGUGUAUAUACAGUGCCAGUUAAAAGUUUGGACACACCUACUCAUGCCAGGGUUUCUCUUAAUUUUUUACUAUUUUCUACAUUGUAGAAUAAUGUUGAAGACAUCAAAACUAUGAAAUAACACAUAUGGAAUCAUGUAGUAACCAAAAAUGUGUUGAACAAAUCAAAAUAUAUUUUAUAUUUAAAAUUCUUUGAAGUAGUCACCCUUUGCCUUGAUAACAGCUUUGCACACUCUUCUCUCAACCAGCUUCAUGAGGUAGUCACUUGGAAUUAAUUUCAAUUAAGAGGUGUGCCUUGUUAAAAUUUAAUUUGUGGAAUUUCUUUCCUUAAUUCGAUUGAGCCAAUCAGUUGUGUUGUGACAAGGUAGGGGUGGUAUACAGAAGAUAGCCCUAUUUGGUAAAAGACCAAGUCCAUAUUAUGGCAAGAACAGCUCAAAUAAGCAAAGAGAAAUGACAGUCCAUCCUUUCUUUUAAGACAUGAAGGUCAGUCCAUACAGAAAUUUCAAGAACUUUCAACGUUUCUUCAAAUGCAGUCGCAAAAACCAUCAAGCGCUAUGAUGAAACUGGCUCUCAUGAGGACCGCCACAGGAAAGGAAGACCCGGAGUUAUCUCUGCUGCACAGGAUAAGUUCAUUAGGAGUUACCAGCCUCAGAAAUUGCAACCCAAAUGAAUGCUUCAGAGUUCAAGUAACAGACACAUCUCAACAUCAACUGUUCAGAGGAGACUGUGUGAAUCAGGCCUUCAUGGUUGAAUUGCUGCAAAGAAACUACUACUAAAGGACACCAAUAAUAAGAAGAGAGUUGCUUGGGCCAAGAAACACGAGCAAUGGACAUUAGACCGGUGGAAAUCUGUCCUUUGGUCUGAUGAGUCCAAAUUUGAGUUUUUUGGCCGCCGUGUCUUUGUGAAACGCAGAGUAGGUGAACGGAUGAUCUCCGCAUGUGUGGUUCCCACCGUGAAGCACGGAGGAGGAGGUGUGAUGGUGUGGGGGUGCUUUAAUGGUGACACUGUCGGUUAUCUAUUUUCAAAUUCAAGGCACACUUAACCAGCAUGGUUACCACAGCAUUCUACAGCCAUAUGCCAUCCGCAUCUGGUUUGCGUUUAGUGGGACUAUCAUUUGUCUUUCAACAGGACAAUGACCCAAAACACACCUCCAGGCUGUGUAAGGGCUAUUUGACCAUGGAGAGUGAUGGAGUGUUGCAUCAGAUGACCUGGCCUCCAUAUUCACCCAACCUCAAUCCAAUUGAGAUGGUUUGGGAUGAGUUGGGCUGCAGAGUGAAGGAAAAGCAGCCAACAAGUGCUCAGCAUAUGUGGGAAGUCCUUCAAGACGGUUGGAAAAGCAUUCAUCAUGAAGCUGGUUGAGAGAAUGCCAAGAGUGUGCAAAGCUCUCAUCAAGGCAAAGGGUGGCUACUAAGAGGAAUCUCAAAUAUAAAAUAUAUGUUUCCAACUUUUUUGGUUACUACAUGAUUCCAUAUGUGUUAUUUCAUAGUUUUGAUGUCAGCACUAUUAUUCUACAAUGUAGAAAAUAGUAAACAUAAAGAAAAACCUUGGAAUGAGUAGCUGUGUCCAAACGUUUGACUGGUACUGUACAUGUAUAUGUAUACUUGCAUAAAGAUGUGGUUAUAGUGUAUAUAACAAGACAUAAUUAUGAAAUGUGUAAAUAUUUGCUGUAUGGGGUUAUAUGCUGCCUUAGCUAUGCAAUAUUGCUGUUGGAAAUGCCUUGACAAUUCCCUUUGCCUUAAAAUGUGUGUUUGUGUGUGGUUUGAGAAUGUUAGUGCCCAACAACAACACCCAUCCAACGUGAGUGUCAUUGCCAUCACCAUCAGUUUGUUUCUCAGUGUAGAAUUGUUCAACAACACUAAAUUAAAAGAACCACUUUUUUUUAGAUGGAUUAUAAUCUAUUUGUAUAACAUAGACAAACCAAUCUCUCGUGAAAGUGUCUUCAGUGACAUCUAGUGGUUGUAAAAAGUGUCAUAUUUGGAUGAAAUUCCUUCACAUAUUGAGUUUUGAAUCAUGUGCAUGCUUUGCUGGAUUGGUUUGGAGUAGAUGAUUGUUCAUCGUGAUGUACUCUGUGGUUUAUUGAAAUGGCUUAAGAAUAUGUGUAGGCUUUUCUUGAGUGCUUUUAUGUGGAGAAUGGACAUGAAUAACUGAUAGUGUAAUGGUUAUGUCUGUCCCCUGUUAUGGACUCUGCCUUAUUGGCAAUAUCAAUAACAGAGCAGGCCAGGGAUCUGACUGUGGGGUUGACACUUUAACAAGGCUUUAGAGCCUGUAAAACUACUAUGAAUGGUUUUACAGUGGAAUGACAGGGACCUUUGCUGCAGUAGGUUUUCAGUAAUCGGAUUGCACAAGCAGAGGUGGUGUGUGCACAUCUGUCAGCAAUCUGAAUCUGAGUACGUACUGUAUAGGAAUAUGUACCAGGUGUUCUGGUGUCAAUGGGAACGUAGGUACCAUUGCUGAUGAAAAGAAGGGAGGGAUGUAGAUGGUCUUAUUUAUUUAUUUAUGAUUUGGUCUCGAGUUACAGGUAUGGCUCGAAGUGAAAAACAAUGAUGUAUGUAGAGUCUGAAGGUGAGGGCCCAGAAAAAGUCAUAAAAGGAAAAUAAAAAAUGUUGUUAGAA